AUGUUCCAUCAUGCUGAUCCAGGGUCUUCACACGGGGCCGUCCACGCCUUCUUUGAUUUUCUGGAUCACAUCAGCGAAAAAAUCCGGGAUGAGAUGGAGUCGACCUUCGCACAUUUAGGUCUUCUUCUUGCUGACCAUGCUUGCAAGUUUUGCUUGGGCGGCAUCAUAUUUGCGCUGGUUUGCAUGUCAGGGCUUCCUUUGGUCACACUCGAAAGAGAUAUCUACGAACUUGUUCUUGAACAGAACUCACCAGCUGCGCUGGAUCAUUUUGAAGGGCAAGAUAUUUUCAAGAACAAUUUGUCGGAAAGUGACCGUGCUAUGAGCGUCCUCUAUACGCUGCCCAACGGCAAGAACAUCUUGGACUCGCCAUACUUUGAAGAAGCCCUUGCAAUUCACAAUGAGAUCAAGAAUAACGUAACCUCAAAGGAGCGGAAGGAAACGUAUGACCAAGAUUGCAUCCGUUUCUUCGACAAUCCAAACGAGUCGUGCAUUGUGUUUUGCCCAUUGGACCUGCCGUAUCAGGUUGCACUUCACAAGGGGGGGAGAGGAUUCCGCAACUCUACAUACACAAUGAUGGGUGACCGAGCACGCGUGGAGCAAAAUCUGAGUCCAGAAGACGACCAUGGGCAUUUCGAGUUUUCAGAUGGCUUCAUGUGCAAAUAUGAGUCCAGCUCGAAUGAUUGGAAGUUCGGAGCUGUGCUUUGGGCACAAGAACGGCGCGCAAGCUCUACGGGUAAUGUCCGAAUUUCGGCUUACAGCUCAGCAUUCGCUACAGAGGAAGUGUUCCGUGGCUCUCUCCAAGAAGGGCACUUGUUCGCCUUGGCCUUUGUGGUCGUUUGGUUGGGCUGCGGCGGUGCGAUGCAUUUCAUCAACUUUGAGAACCAUUCAUGGGUCAAUCCAACCAACUGGUUCACUGCGACUAUAUGUAUUGUGAGUGCCGGUCUUGCAAUGUUGUCUGCUUUGGGCUUAUGUGGCUACUUGACCCUUCAGGGGCUGAAGGUUUCAACUUCAUCAUUGUUCGUGUCCUUCUUGAUCCUUGGCAUUGCCGUCGACGACAUGAUGAUCCUUGCUGGGCUUUUCUUCGAAGCACCCAAGGAUCAUACAUUGGCAGAACGGCUGGCUGCCAGCUUUGGCUCAGCAGCAGCAUCCAUUACCUUGACGAGCAUUACUGCAUUGGCAGGCUUCCUUGCGGGGUCAGCGGUGGACAUGGUAUGGAUCAAAUCUUUCACUCAGGUGGGGGCACUUGCAGUGAUAGCAGACUAUAUCAUCCAGCUCACCUUCUUUUCAGGAGCCUUUGCUGCAUUCCAGCGAGGAUACGGCAAACUGCAUGCAUCCACAAAGGAUCGAGGUCAUGCUCAUUCGGCUUUGGAGAAGUAUGCCAGGUGGUCUGCACAUAGCACAGUAUGCAAAGGGCUGACCUUUUUUCUCUUCAUUGCAGUGAUCUUUGUGUCACUCUAUGGAACACAGAGAUUGGAGGCGUCCUUUCAUCAAAAGGUGAAUAUGCCCGAUGAUUCCCACUACCACGAAUAUCUACAAGAUGGACUUGAUUACAUGGGACAAUACGGUCAAAAUAGUGUGUACCUUAUGAUGCAACAUCAAGUUCUGCCAGGACCAGAUGUCAUGCGAGCCACUGCAGAAUAUGCACAGCGCAUCAGAGAACUUAAUGGGCAAAAGGCAUACAAAUCAGCAGCGACGGAUUGGACCGUGGCUAUGCAACUUUGGAUGUCUAUCCAGUCCAACGCAGAACGUUUGAGGGUCCGCACAAAUGCCACAACCUUUGGAGUGGCUCUUGGAGAGUCUUUGGACGGCACACUUCGGAGCCAGUUCUUUACUUUGGCAACGCAGUGGCAGGGUGUUGCCAUGGCCUACUUGUCCAGUGGCCUUGCUGUGCAAUCUGCUUUGGCAGAAAUACAUGGCAUGGCUCAAGACCUGCAGCUCGGGCCACACCAAGCGCUCACAAACACCAGCACCACCCUGCGUGAAGUCCAGGUUGCCCUUAACACAACUCGCUACAGCUACGGCAACUAUACUCAGGAGCUUGGCGCUGGCUUGCGCAGUGCGCUUGAUGCUGCCCUUGUGCAUCUCUAUGCUGCAGCUGAUGCAUAUGAGUCCGGAGGCAGCUUUUCUGCAGCGGAAAGUCUCUUGCAGCAGGCUGCAACUGCAUUCAACUCAUCAACUCCAGCCAACACGCUGAAUGUUACUGCAAUUGACCAUUUGGACGAGGUAGCAACGCAUUUGCUGGAGUCGGUGUACGCAUUCAAUGCCUCAGUUGGAGUGCGCCUUCAGAGAAUGGCCGCCUCUUUUAAUUUUGCGGCUGUGAGCUUCUACGAGGCCUUGCCCAGCGACGACCGACUUUUGGGCAAAUACAAUGUGCAGUUCGGGCAACGAGAAUUUCUGCGAAGGCUUGGCGACUUGUUCAAGUACUUCGCGGAUCCGUACACCGAAGUUGUUUUCAAGCAGUGGUGGAACACAACGAUGUUUCCAAUGGAGUCGGUUGGCAUCUACGCACGAAAUACUGCAAAGACAUUGAAAGCAAUGCAACAAGCGGCAGAGACUUUUGCUGCAUCUGAUCCUUUGAGUCCGUUGGCAACCACUUGCAAUGAACUUCGGGUGGCUUUGAGUGCUUCGCCGAAUGCUGCCUUCAAUGCUACUGCCACCAAAGCUUUCGCAGUGCUUGUGGAGUCUGCAGCAAAGCAUGCAGGAGACGAGGUGAGCUUGGCUCAUCUUGAGCAGCACUACGAGUCGGGGGCCUUGAGAGAUUCAGGAGAAGAUGACAAGUGUUCUCCACAAGAGGUUGCUCUUGAAAGCUUGCGCCGUGGUCUGGCUUAUGGAGUUGCUCAGUACCGAUCUACUGCCAUGUGGAAUGCUUAUUCAAACUUUUCUAUGGCAGAAGCACGCAGAUGGUUGACCAGCAUUGUAGGACAGGUCACAGACCUGAACACGCCACAAGCGGUCACUGCGACUCGAAGGUUUGCUGGUCAUCAGUGGCUUUCGCUGGCAGGCGAACGAGACCAGGUGUCACGUGAGCGAGAGGCAGAGCGCAGGGCGCAACGGGCCCAGCGUGCGGUGGACGCUGCACGCCGCUCGCGCUUGGCCAGGGAGGCAGCCUUCGAAGUCUGGGAAGAUGUGGACAACUAUGAGGAGAGCUUUGGAAGCGAGAUGGAGAAUGUGGUUUUCAAUGAGGAUCUGAAGCCAGGUUUGCUGCGAGCUUCCGAGGUGAGGCGUCCAGGAUUCCCACGAACCGUGACCGCAAACCAAUCUUGGCAGCUCUUUCAAUCUUUCCUCAGCAAAGACUUCCAGACGAAGCUGCUCGAUGAUUUGGAGGACGCGGAUCCGACAGAACAAGGCACCGUGUUGCUGAAUGGCCAGAUCAAUUCACAAAUGAGAAGAAUUCGGCGAGCCAGCGCGCGGGAGCGAAGCUUUGAGAAACGAAUGUGGAGUCGGUCUGCAGCUACGUGGGAAGCGAAGGAAUCUUUUCUCGCUGCCUUCAACCUUGAUGACAUGCUUCAGGAGAGGCAAGCAGCAAGGGAUUCCAGGUAUGGCGAGAGAGAUGAAGAUUACUUUCUUUCCAUCAGAGAUUAUGGCAUUCCUGAUGGUAACUUGCCAGGUGAGCUUCUAGGCUAUGACACCAAAAGGGUCAAGUCAGCAGAGCUCCUCUCCAAGGAGGCAGGAGUUUCAGAGGAGGCAUGGCAGCGCAUGGAUGACCAGGCCGAGGUCCAGAACGAGUCAGCGCAAGAGAAGAGGACAUCUCUCACUGGACUUCUUGAAGCUUUCGUGGUUGGUAAGAGGACUACGCCGAAAGAAGAUGAUCUGAAGGUUCAGAUUGCGGAGCUGCACAAUGAUGACUUGAAGCAAAGCGCAGCUCGACGUGAGGAACUUGAAGAUCUCCGGGAUGCUAUUCGCUUGAGUCAAAUUGAGGAUGGACUUGCUUAUGACUUCUUUGCGCAAAGUGGAGAGUGGUUGAGGUCCCUUGGUUUGCUCAACAACCUCACCUCAAUGUCUACAAUCUAUCCAGAGCUAUACAUGGCAUUUUUGGGUCAGGCACGCAGACAUUUGGAUGAGAUGGAGCGAGACAUGAGCUACAAAUCCGGUACCUUGGGUGAUAUGGACUUCAACACCUUGAGCACAGACCUUGGGUACGUGGCGUCCAACUUGACCCAAUCGAUUGUGACUCUGUUGCUCAACCAAAGUGGGAUCGAUACAUUAGACACUGCCAAAGUCUUCAUGGAUGCGGCGGUUGUGAACCAGGCUAUGUCUGCUUACAUUAAGCCAGACAUUGUGGUGGAAGAAGAUGCCGGUCGAGACCAACAGGGUUUGCUGCGAGUUUAUUGGACAAGAGUGAAAGUCGGAUUCCGAGCAAAAAAUAUGUGGACGGAGGAUGGCUUUGAAGAGGACUAUCGUGCAAGCUUGGAAGCGAGGUCACUCUUCUUUGCAUAUGUUAUCAGCUUGAAUGUGGGGGUUUUCUUUGGUUUGGUCUUCAUCCCUUUGGUCUCCAUCUACGUCUACGGAGUUGAUCUUGCUCCUAGAGGACAGGCGCCCGAUGCGUCGCGAGGCACCGAUGACUGGGAUGGAAAUCCGCAUCGACGCACUGGAGGGGUGCCGCGCCAAGUACUGAUCAGCCACGGGAAGUUCAUGGCCCUUCAUGGCCCCAAUUUGCUGGCAACACCCAAAGACACGUUCGUCUCCAUGCGCAUUGGCGACUACCAGAAGCAGUCGCGUUUUGGAUCAUCGAAGACGUACCGCUUCCCGCAGAUGGAGGAUCCUCAUGCCUUCGCUAGGAUCGAGGUUUUUCACCGCGUCGGUCACCUGACUGUGAACCUCGGCAACCUGCAGAGCAAUGAGAAUGUUGAGGUCCCUGUGGACAUGCCCCAGCUGAGCAGCCUGCCGAUGAAGCUUGUGGUCCAGAACGACAAGGCAAUGUUUGCCAAGGCUGACAAGAUGAAAUCAGAGAAGGCCCAGAGCAAGCGCGACGAGGCGCAGAGGUACCUGGCCGAGCACCAUGUGGAGGAGGUCAUUGCUGACGCCAUCCGUGAGGUCAUCCACGAGAAGCCCAGCGAUCCUCACACAUUCCUCUCCAACCAGAUUUUGAAGCAUGCAAUGCACCCCAAGGCUCAGUUGAAGGCAGUGCCCGGUCAGGUCAUUCCAGAUGUCAUCGUGUCCGCGUCGAAGGCUGCUACGUUGCUGCUGCCUUUCAGGCAAUACUACGAGAGCAACUUCCGGCACUUGGACUUGGAGAACCUCUACUCGAAGUUUGGGAAGCCCAGGGGGGCCCCCCCAACCGCCACUGCUCCCAAGAAACCUGCUGUGGAGGAAGCUGCGCUGAAGUCAGCUGCUCCAGCAAAGCCCGCGGCAUUUUCUUCCACUCCCUUCAGGCAGUACUACCAGGAGCACGUGAAGCCCCUGAAUGCUGGCGAUCUUCAGAAGCUGUACGCGAAGUUCCCGACCUCGGCUAAGCCGUCCGCAGCAUCCAAACCGGCGGCCCCGGCAGCCGCUCCAUCCGCUGCAACCAGCACGUUCGCAAUGCGCCCAUCCGUGGGCACAUGGCUUGCCCCGUCACCCGGCAAGCUCAGGGGCACUGCGCCCGCAGCACCAGCACCACCGCUGCCGACCCAGGUCAAGGACACUACUUGCGAAGCUCCUGUGAAGGAAGCUCCGCUGAAGUCAGCUGCUGCAGCACCCGCGGCAUUUGCUUCCACUCCCUUCAGGCAGUACUACCAGGAGCACGUGAAGCCCCUGAAUGCUGGCGAUCUUCAGAAGCUGUACGCGAAGUUCCCGACCUCGGCUAAGCCGUCCGCAGCAUCCAAACCGGCGGCCCCGGCAGCCGCUCCAUCCGCUGCAACCAGCACGUUCGCAAUGCGCCCAUCCGUGGGCACAUGGCUUGCCCCGUCACCCGGCAAGCUCAGGGGCACUGCGCCCGCAGCACCAGCACCACCGCUGCCGACCCAGGUCAAGGACACUACUUGCGAAGCUCCUGUGAAGGAAGCUCCGCUGAAGUCAGCUGCUGCAGCACCCGCGGCAUUUGCUUCCACUCCCUUCAGGCAGUACUACCAGGAGCACGUGAAGCCCCUGAACGCCGGCGAUCUUCAGAAGCUGUACGCGAAGUUCCCGACCUCGGCUAAGCCGUCCGCGGCAUCCAAACCGGCUGCCCCGGCAGCUGUCUCCGCGCAGGAGGCGUUCCACUUCAAGCCCUCAGUGGGCACCUGGUUCAUGCAGCGGUCAAAGGCUUUGCCGAGCGCCCCUCCUGCCAUCGUCCUGGGGCGAACUCACAGCAAGCUCCUGGUGAUGGACAAGGAGGAACUCAUCACCGGCUUCGCUGAUGAGAUUAAGAAGCGGGACGAGGAGAUUCGGAUGUUGCGAGCCCUCCUGGCACAGAGAUGA